AUGGAAUAAGUUAUUUAAGUCACAACAUCUACUUAUUCUAAAAAAGUCAAUAAGGAAGUAAAGGCAGCCUUGAUCUUUGUUGGAGACAUUCUAGCUGAAACUGGUUAAUUAUGGUGCUCUGACACUGUUGAUGCUGAAACCACCAUAAAAAAUUAUGCAAUUCCAUAAUUGUUAUAGAAAGGAUACUCAGUUUAUUGAAGUUAGACAGGAGAUAAGGAAACGUAAAUUAAUAUUCAUUUAAUUAGAUGGAAAGUUCCAAAUAGCCCUGCUAGAGUGUCAGAGUGAUUUAGAUUAAGUAGAUUCCAACUUUAUUGUUGGUCUAUGACAAUAAGGAGGGUAUUGGAUUUGAAGAGGAAUAAUUGUUCAUUGAAAAUGCAUUCUUAGAGUAAUGA